AAUUUUUUUACUUCCAUUUGUUUUGUUUAAACAUUUAUUCCAAUUUUUAUUUCCAGACAUCUGUCCUAAUGUUGGGUAUCUGGUUUUCUUUGAAUGGUGUUGUUUCAAUAUUGAUUUUCAUUUCUGUUGCAGUUAGGAAUCUGAAGUAAAGAAUAAAGCAUGAUGGCUUCAAUGUGGUCUGAAUAUACAAUUGGUGGGGUGAAAAUUACCUUUCCUUAUAAAGCUUACCCAUCACAGCUUGCUAUGAUGAAUUCUAUUGUCAGAGGAUUAAAUAGUAAGCAACAUUGUUUACUGGAGAGCCCUACAGGAAGUGGGAAAAGUGUAGCCUUACUUUGUUCUGCUUUAGCAUGGCAACAAUCUUUUAAUGGAAAGCCGGUGGACAAAAGCUUAAGUAAAAAAGCUGAGGAACCAUUGUCAUGUUGUUGUGCAUGCCAUUCAAAGAAUUUUACAAACAUUGACUUGAAACAAGGAACUUCACAUCAUUUCAAUUGUCCAAGUACACCACCUUCUGAAAGAUAUGGCACUUCAUCAACUUGUCAAGAAGACUCUCCUGAAAAAACUACGUUGGCUGCAAAGCUAUCUGCCAAGAAACAGGCUUCCAUAAAAAGAGAUGAAAAUGAUGAUUUUCAAGUAGAGAAGAAAAGAAUUCGACCCUUAGAAACUACACAGCAGAUAAGAAAGCGUCAUUGUUUUGAAAAGGAAGUGCAUCAUUUGGAUGCAAAAGUUGCUUCAGGAAAGACCACAAAACUCAACUCUCCAUUAGGAAAGAAAAACUCCUUUUCUCCACAAAAUCCCCCUGGUCACUGUUCCAGGUGUUGUUGUUCUACUAAACAAGGAAACAGUCAAGGUUACUCAAAUACCACUAAGAAGGAUCAUGGGGGGAAAUCCAAGAUACCCAAAAUAUAUUUUGGGACGCGCACACACAAGCAGAUUGCUCAGAUUACUAGAGAGCUCCGGAGAACAGCAUACUCAGGGGUCCCAAUGACUAUUCUUUCCAGCAGGGAUCAUACUUGUGUCCAUCCAGAAGUAGUGGGCAACUUCAACAGAAAUGAAAAGUGCCUGGAGUUGCUGGAUGGAAAAAAUGGCAAAUCCUGCUAUUUUUAUCAUGGCGUACAUAAAAUUAGUGAUCAACACACAUUACAGACUCUGGAAGGGAUGUGCAAAGCCUGGGAUAUAGAAGAACUUGUCAGCUUGGGAAAAAAACUAAAGGCAUGUCCGUAUUACACAGCACGGGAACUAAUAGAAGAUGCUCACAUAGUAUUUUGUCCCUACAACUAUCUUCUAGAUGCACAAAUAAGGGAAAGUAUGGAUAUCAAUCUGAAAGAACAGAUUGUCAUUUUAGAUGAAGCUCAUAACAUUGAGGACUGUGCUCGGGAGUCAGCGAGUUACAGUGUAACAGAAGUUCAACUUUGGUUUGCUCGAGAUGAAUUAGAUACUAUGGUCAACAAUAAUAUAAGGAAGAAAGACCAUGAACCCCUACGAGCUGUGUGCUAUAGCCUAAUUAAUUGGUUAGAAGCAAACUCUGAACAUCUUGUGGAAAGGGAUUAUGAAUCAUCCUGUAAAAUAUGGAGUGGAAGGGAAAUGCUCUUAAAUUUACACAAAAUGGGUAUCACCACUGCUACUUUUCCCAUUUUGCAGGGACAUUUUUCUUCUGUCCUUCAAAAAGAAGAAAAAGUCUUACCAAUUCAUGGUAGAGAGGAGACAAGAGAAGUACCGAUUAUUAGUGCUUCAACUCAAAUAAUACUCAAAGGACUUUUUAUGGUGUUUGACUAUCUUUUUAGACAAAACAGCAAAUUUGCAGAUGAUUAUAAAGUUGCUAUUCAACAGACUUAUUCUUGGAUAAAUCAGACUGAUUCUUCAGAUAAAAAUGAAUUCUUUGCUCAAGCAAAAAGUAGGAAACGUGUAAGACAGAAAACUGCAGUUCGCGUGCUAAAUUUUUGGUGCUUAAAUCCAGCUGUGGCCUUUUCAGAUAUUAAUGGCAAAGUUUGGACCAUUGUUUUGACAUCUGGGACAUUAUCACCAAUGAAAUCCUUUUCAUCAGAACUUGGUGUUACUUUUAGUAUACAACUGGAGGCUAAUCAUGUCAUUAAUAACUCACAGGUUUGGGUUGGCACCAUUGGGUCAGGUCCCAAGGGUCGGAAUCUCUGUGCUACCUUCCAGCACACAGAAACUUUCGAGUUUCAGGAUGAAGUGGGCGCACUUGUGUUAUCUGUGUGUCAGACUGUGAGCCAAGGAAUUUUGUGUUUCUUGCCAUCUUACAAGCUUAUAGAAAAGUUAAAAGAACGUUGGCUCUCUACUGGUAUAUGGCAUAAUCUAGAGGUGGUGAAAACAGUCAUUGUAGAACCACCGGCAGGAGAAAAAAUUGAUUUUGAUGAAUUACUACAGAUGUACUAUGAUGCAAUCAAAUACAAAGGAGAGAAAGAUGGAGCCCUCUUGGUAGCAGUUUGUCGUGGUAAAGUGAGUGAGGGUCUGGAUUUCUCAGAUGACAAUGCCCGUGCUGUCAUAACAAUAGGGAUUCCUUUUCCGAAUGUGAAAGAUCUACAGGUUGUACUAAAGCGACAGUACAAUGAUCAGCACUCCAAACUGAGAGGUCUUUUACCUGGUCGUCAAUGGUAUGAAAUUCAAGCAUAUAGGGCCUUAAACCAGGCCCUAGGCAGGUGUAUUCGACACAAAAAUGAUUGGGGAGCUCUUAUUCUUGUGGAUGAUCGCUUUAGUAGUAACCCUGCACGGUAUAUAUCUGGACUUUCUAAAUGGAUACGGCAGCAGGUUCAGUACCAUUCAACCUUUGAAAGUGCAAUGGAGUCCUUGGCUGAAUUUUCCAAAAAGCACCAGAAAGUCAUUGAUGUAUCCAAAGAGGACAGAAAGUUUAUACAGGACAGUGGGUCUACACUUGAAGUGGCCGGUUUGAAGGACAACACCUUAACUUACUUAUCAGAAGCAGCAAGCCAUCUACCACCAGAAAAUCCUAGGGAAGGUGAAGCAAAAAUGUGUGUCCAAGAACUACACUGUCCUAAAAUAACCACAAGUCUAUCUCUACCAGGAGACAUCAUCUCCCGAAAGGACCAAGAUGAUCCUAUAUUAUUGGAAGAGUCUGCCCAGACAAUGAAAGCAGAAAGAAUUGUGAUUUCCAGAUCGACAAGCCCAACCUUCAACAAACAGACAAAGAGAGUUAAUUGGUCUAGCUUUAAUUCUUUGGGACAUUAUAUUACUGAUGAAAUUCUGACUGCAACACCUAAAUCCAGGUCACCAGAGGACUGUGCCUCUAGCGCUUCCCCUUUCGAAACAGAAAAAGGAUGCAAAACAGUCUUACCACUCACUGAUAAAUGUGAGUCCUCAUCUCUGACGGUAGACACAUCAUUGAGGGCAGUUGAACCAUGCCCUCAGUCAGAAAUCGUUAUUUCACCAAUAAAGAUUGAUGCUACUCUUCUUAAAGAAAAUUAUUCCAAACAGCUGUUCUAUGAAGAAACCCUGGGUCCGGACAUUGAAUUGUCUCUAGUUAGUAAAGAAGCUAAACUUUCUACUUCAAAUAGAGCUUCUGACACAGAAGCAGAGGAUGAAUCUAUCUAUUUUACACCUGAACUUUAUGAUCCUGAAGAUACAAAUGAAGAAAAGAAUGAACAAGUUGAAAGUGAUAGAGAUAAUAGAUUGGCUAAUAAUUCAAAAUGCAUUUUAGCUGAAGAUCUUUUUGAAAUUAGAACUGAGAAAGGAGUCCAAGAAAUAAAAGCUGAGGAUUGCACAAAGUUGAAUAGACUCAUGAAUAAAAGUAAAAUUGAUGACAAUGGUAGUAAUAUAAAAACAACUCAUAUAAAUGAAUUAGACCUGGGAAAAACUCGUGAAACAGAUACAAAAGAAUAUUAAGCAGUCUCCUUCCAACAAAUAAAGGUGUAUUCCCUGGUGUUAGGUAAUAAUACUUAACUGUCACACACUAAAAAUGUGUUGUCACGCUUGUAUUAAACUCUCUUAUAAAUGACAAUUUCUACACUGGAUAAGUGGUAUAGCUUUUUUUUUAAUG